ACAACUUAUAACAUAUUCUAAUUAGAGUCUACCAUGAAAGGUUAAAAUUUGAUGGGGUUAAAUCCUGUCUCCUCUUGUGCUAUUAUUGAUGAAAGGUAUCGCACGAUAUUGAAAACUUGUCCUGAAGGAAACGUAUUGAAGAGGAAGAUGGGUUGAAGUUGGAGCCUUGUGGCUGCAUUAUCUCUUCGUCUGAUCCUAAGGCCAUGAACUUCUCUACUUUGAUUGAUGACUCUGAAAACAAUGUAACUCAUAGUAGCUGCAAUGAUACUCUGAUCCUUUCUUCUGCAGGAAUAUACUAUCAGAUGUCUUUGUUAUCUUUACUUUUUGCUGUCACUCUCUUUUUGGUCCCACAGUAAUAGUGAACUUUCAGCUUAUGAUCUCAUUUUUACUACUCUACUCUAGCCCCUACCCACUAUACCAGUCGUAGGGGAUUUUAUAUAUGUCUACUACAUGAACUCAAAUUCAUCUUUCGUGUUUGAAAAAGAUAUCUCACCAUUUUAGUGCCAUGUUUUGGGUAAUAACAAGGCCUAAUCCAGUAUUUGUAGCAGGCGGGUUUUUCUAUAAAGAUGCCAAUGUGAUGUGAAUAAUUCACCCAUAACAUUAGCGUGUGGAUAAUAUCCACAGUUUCAAACCACACAAUUUGUCGCCUACUAGCCCCACCUUUGAAUAUUGUUUCUUGGAUUUUGACUCCGUGUCAAGAUCAUGUACUGUUCAGAAAGCAGUUCUGUAUAGUAUUGCAUCUACUUAUUCUUCCAAAGGAUUCAAGAUGACUUAUUCUGUUUCAUUUUCUACUCUGGAGGUCUGAACAUGAAGAUCCCUUCAUUUUUACUCGUGUUAACUUCUUUUCAUGAAAGUUUGUACAUACAUAUGUAUCAUUAUUCCAACUGCGUAUUUUUGAAGACAAAAUGUAUAAUUUGUAUGUACAGGGUUUCGACAAAUAGCAUGAGUAUACUGAUAAAAACUCAAUCCGUGGAUUGUCACGGGCUUUGAUUAACAAGAGCUAAAAAUAAUAACACUGAUAUGAGUUGACAUUGACAUUAUUUAAACCAAUUGGAUAAAAGCAAACAACAUAGCAGGCCAUGGAAAUUUAUGUUCUUUACUCAGCCGGCAAACUCUUUAUGUCAGCUAGUUAUUCAUUCUCGUAUGUAGCUACUCUCUCACGUAACCCACUCUUACACUUCAACUUUGUUAACCAGAUGUUCCUAGUAUUUUUUUUUUAUGUCAUUCUGUUCUUUUUUGUUUUGUCUGCUUUCUUUUAGUGAAUGAUUCUAUAUCAGUGUUCAAGUUCACUCGGCCCUGCUGGACCCCUCCAGAAAAAGAGUCCACUCUGCCACUUCCAAAUUCCAUAAUUAAACUAUGGCCGGCCACAACAUAUGCAUGGUUGCUACGUUUCUCCACUCUUUUGUCUUAAACUAUCAUUAGUCAUUCUCCAAUGGCAAUAAACUCAAACUAGUUCUUCACCAAUUACAGAUCACCUUGCUUUUAGUUCUACAAUUCAAAAGCUUAAGCCAUGUUCUACCACCUCAAAACAGUAUGCCUCGUAUGUUUCCUUUUACUAUCCUUUGAAGUUUCACUGUGGUCAUGUGCUUCACUCCCAAACUUGGCUUCCUGUUUGCUUAAUCACAACAUCAAAAACUUUACCACGCUCCCUUAUAAAGAACACGACCAAUCCUCUUCCUAUAAUUACUUCAAAAUUCUUAAUUUUUCCAUCCAAAACCUUCGGUUCGCAGAACCCGUGAUUCCUAAGCCAAUGGCCAUUGUAUUGCCGGAGAGUUUGGAGCAGCUGCAGAAAAGUGUAGGAUGCAGUAGAGAGAGUUCUAUGGAAAUCAGAGUAAGAUGUGGCGGACACAGCUAUGAAGGGACUUCGUAUGUGGCUGAUGAAGGCACUCCUUUUGUGAUCAUUGACAUGAUGAAUUUGAACCAUGUUUGGGUGGACAUGGAGACAGAAACAGCAUGGGUUGAAGGUGGUGCAACGUUGGGAGAGACUUAUUAUGCAAUAUCUGAAGCAAGCAACGAGCAUGGAUUCUCAGCUGGGUCAUGUCCAACUGUUGGCGUCGGAGGACACAUUGGAGGUGGUGGUUUUGGGAUGCUGUCUAGAAAAUAUGGACUUGCAGCGGACAACGUGGUGGAUGCCCUACUUGUUGAUGCUGAUCAAAAUUUGUUGGACCGUGAAACCAUGGGAGAAGAUGUGUUCUGGGCUAUUAGAGGAGGAGGAGGUGGUCUUUGGGGGAUCAUCUAUGCCUGGAAAAUCCAGUUGCUGAAAGUGCCAAAGGUUGUAACCAGUUUCACCGUAUCAAGAACAGGCACAAAAAGUGAUGUUGCCAAUCUGGUGCACAAAUGGCAAUAUGUGGCACCAAACUUGGAAGAUGACUACUAUCUGUCAUGCUUUGUUGGAGCUGGUUUGCCGCAAGCUAAAACCAAAGGGUUAUCAGUAACACUCAAUGGUUUCUAUCUUGGUCCUAGAAGCAGUGCUGUAUCCAUUCUAAAGGAGACUUUUCCGGAGUUGGGUGUUACAGAAGAAGAAUGCAUAGAAAUGAGUUGGAUUGAGUCUAUUGUUUUCUUCUCUGGCCUAAGUGAUGGAGCUUCGGUGUCUGACUUGAAGAACAGGUAUCUGCAAGAAAAAGAAUAUUUCAAGGCGAAAUCAGAUUAUGUAAGAAAGCACGUUCCUCUUGUAGGGAUAGAAACUGCACUAGACAUCCUUGAAAAGGAGGCAAAGGGAUAUGUUAUUCUGGAUGCUUAUGGUGGAAAGAUGCAUAAUAUAAGCAAUGAUGCAAUUGCUUUUCCCCACAGAAGAGGAAACCUGUUUACAAUACAGUACCUGAUAUAUUGGAAAGAAGGUGAGAAUGAGAAAAGCAGAGAUUAUGUAGAUUGGAUAAGAGGAUUCUAUGAUGCUAUGACUCCCUUUGUUUCAUGGGGUCCAAGAGCUGCAUAUAUUAAUUACAUGGACUUUGACCUUGGAGUGAGGAAGAUGAUAAAUGUGAAAGAUGGUGUGGAAAAUGCAAGAGAUUGGGGUGAAAAGUACUUCUUGAGUAACUACGACAGAUUGGUGAGAGCCAAGACCAUGAUUGAUCCUAACAACGUUUUCACCAAUGAACAGGGCAUUCCUCCUAUGUCGUCAAAGCACGCAGCAAACAAAUGAUGCCAUAUUUGUAAAUCAUGUCACUCUCAUCUAUAGUGUGCUUCAGAAUCGAUGCUGGUAACCAAUUUAUGUAGUCUGUUAAAAGUUUAAUUCAAGAGUAAUGUUAAA